CAUUAGGUACCCCCGUCAGCCGCAUCUCCUUCCCCCUCCUCCUCCCAUACCCGCUUGCCGUCCUUCUCAGCUUCCCCAUCGCCGCCCCUCCCUUGCUUGUACCAGCUGAAAAUGCCGAGGGUGGUUUCCGCAGUCACGCCAAAAUGUCGGUUACACGUUCAAUUUGCUGCACUAGGCAGGCGUCAUCAGCCAGGCAGGCAAGCAGGCAGACAGGCAGCAACCCUCUGUUGCAAGCAUUCGAUAGUUCGGUCCACAACGUACGAACAUCAGACCCUGAAUCCCCACCAUGGCUGCUCUUUUCUGCCUGCCCACCUCCCCUCUCUCUGCCCUCUGCUUUGCUGAGUCCGAGCUGAAAUGCGGGGGGCGACGGUUGGAGCUGAUGCGUUCGGAGCUGGCAUUCGACGUUCCGUUCCGAACGCGCCGCCCGGAAUGAGUUGUCCCUGCAGCCUCUGCAGCAACCUGCUGGUGUUCACUCGAGCAACGGCGGCUCGAUUCUGUCAGAGAGGGACAAUCUGUCGCCCGCUCGAGCCAAUUCAGCUAUGGGAAGCGACAGUCUCGUCGCAUGCGACGUCGCGACAGUAUCCCUACGACCAGCCCUAACCGCCGUGAACUUUUGGGACAAAUCGUAGCCAAUCAGGUCGCGCUGCGCAGUUCCUCCAAUCCAGAAACUGCGCCAAACGCGGCGCCAUCCGCGUCGCCUAGUCCGCUCCCGCCGCCGACCUUCCACGUGGACGUGACGAUUGCGGGCGGCGGGCUCGCGGGGCUCGCGCUCGCCGCCGGCCUGCAGUCGCGCGGCGUCGAGGCGGCGGUCUUCGAGGCGGCGCCCGCGCUGCGGUCCAACAACAGCACCGUUAUGGUCGUCUGGCCGAACGGCGCCGCCGCGCUCGACGGAAUCAUGCCCGGGUUGAGCGGAACGGUGGCGGAACACGGCACGCUGGUGAACCGGCGGAGCCUCUGCAACCGGCGCAAGCCGCCGCCACCGCCGCCAGGCGGCGGAGCUGAAAGCGGGCUCGCGGGAAGCGGCGGGCCCACGGAAAGUGACACAAAGGGCAGCGGGGGAGGUGGCGCGGCCAGUGGCGCGGGGAGCAACACCCCGCUAGGUCCGGAUUGGAUGGUGGCGGAGACGGAGGAGGCGGGGCUGAACAUGGUGCCCUGGCGCCGCAUCCAAGAGGCGCUGGCGUCAGCGCUGCCGCGGCCAGAGUUGGUGCGAUGCGGACACCGCGUGGUGGGGUACCGGCCUGUGCUGAAGAGGGGGAGCGGGGAGGGGGGGAGGAAAGAGGGCAGAGCGGGGGAAGCGGGGGAAGCGGGGGAAGAGGGGGAAGCGGGGGAAGGGAAUGAAGUGGGGGGAGGAAGUGAGGUUGAGGCGGUGGAUGUUAUCUGUGAGGUCGCGGGUUCGAAUCCUGGCGAGAACCAAUUGGUGGUUGUGAGGACGAAGGUUCUGGUGGGAGCUGAUGGGGUGCGAUCAGCCGUGAGAGAUCAAAUGAUUGGCGACUCGCCGCGGUUCCUCAACCAGAUCGCCUGGAACUCGUUUCUCAGCAGCCCGACUAACCCCAGCGCUGGAGCUAACCCCAGCAACCCCACUGCUACAGCCGGCAACCCAGCCAACGUCAGCAGCCCAGCUGAUGCCAAUAGCACUGGAGGUUCAUCCACGGAUGUCGGUGCAUCAGGAGAGGCUGUUCCGGAAUUGACGGCUCUGAUUGACGAGGUGACGGGGUGCAGUGCGAUCUUCAUCGUCCUGAAGAAUGGCGAGAGAUUCUGGCAGGUGCGAUAUGUGGACUAUGAAAUGGACCCCACGUUCCAAGACACCCCGUUUGCGGGUUUCGGCAGCAAGCAGGGCAUCAAGGCCCGCCUCCUUCCUCUCAUCUGCUCCAACCUCCCCCACCACCCCGUCUGGAAACGAGCCCUCCAAGAAGCUUCCUCCACCCCAGAAUCUCUCAUUUUCGAACGGCGCCAGCUGGACCGCCCGCCCCCUACUGACUCCUGGAGCGACCCUGUCUGCGGUAACAGGGUGGUUCUUAUAGGGGAUGCGGCUCAUGCCAUGGACCCUGGGCCGGGCCAGGGGGCUUUGACUGGGUUUGAGGAUGCCCACCAGUUGUCCCUGUGUCUGGCUGAUGUGGGAGAGAGAGGUUCGUUUGCCGAGCCUGCUGCCGUGGCUGCGGCGGUUCGGGAGUUUGAGGCUCGGCGGAUUGGGAGGUGUGUGAAGGUGCAUCGGCAUGCGACUGCACUGAUCGGGUAUGGGGAGGAAGGGAGGGAGUUCAAGAGCAGGAGCGUGACAGAUCAGAUGAAGGCUACUAUGGAGUUUAUGAGGUGGAUGUACUCCUACCCUGACAAGAUUCAUGGCGAUCCGGAAUCCACCCUUUUCCAGUGAAUGCCGGUUGAGGAAGGAAGGGAGUUCAUACUUACAGUACUGGAGCGUGAUGGAUCAAAUGAAUGCCACCACGGAAAGGAGUUUAUGAGGUGGAUGUAUAGUACUCGUUCAAACUAUAUAAGUUAUAAUUUAAUAUAGGCUUGGUAGGUUGUUACUGAACCUUUCUGUAGGGGGUACAAACCCCUCCUUGUACUCUCCUCUUCCUAAUC